AUGAUUAUGACAAAUGUAACUACAAUGAAUGGAUUCUUCCUCAUGGGGUUUUCUGAAAUUCGGGAGUUACAGGUUUUACAUGCUCUGCUGUUCUUGGUGUUGUAUCUAUUGGCUUUGACAGGUAACCUCAUCAUUAUCAUCAUCACCACAGUGGACCAGCAUCUCCAAGCCCCAAUGUAUUACUUCUUAAAGCACCUUUCCCUUCUGGACCUCUCUUUUAUUUCUGUCACAGUUCCCCAGUUCAUUGACAUUUCUCUCAUAAAUGAUGGCUAUAUUUCUCAUGAACAGUGCGUACUCCAGGUUUUCUUCUUCACAGCGCUGGCUUGGGCUGAGGUGGCCAUUCUCACAGUGAUGUCAUAUGACCGCUAUGCAGCCAUCUGCUUCCCACUGCACUAUGAGGUCAUCAUGAAUCCUAGUAAGUGCCAGUGGGCUGUGAUAGCUGUAUGGCUAAGUGGAAGCAUCUCUGGAAUCUUGUACACAUCAGCCACAUUCUCCAUUACAUUCUGUAAACCCAAAAUAAUUCACCAGUUCUUCUGUGACAUCCCCCAGUUGCUAAAGCUCUCCUGCUCCAAUGAUUACCUUGGAGUGAUUGGAGUGGCAGCUUUCAUGUCUGUGAUGGCUUUGAUCUGCUUCACUUCUAUUGUCAUCUCCUAUAUCCACAUCUUCUCCACAGUACUAAGAAUGCCCUCUGCUGAGGGCAGAUCCAAGGCCUUCUCUACCUGCCUGCCCCAUCUCUUUGUUGUCUCCUUUUUCCUCUCCACAGGAACAUUUGAAUUUCUAAGAACAACUUCAGAUUCUCCAACUGCUUUUGACCUUAUGAUCUCUAUCUUUUAUACAGUUAUUCCCCCAUCACUCAACCCUAUUAUCUACAGUCUGAGAAAUGAGGCCAUGAAGGAAGCUUGCAGAAAGUUACUAUUGGGUGGACAAUUCACCAGGAAAAAAGCUUUUUUGUCCAGUUGUUGA